AUGAACCCGAUCCCUUUCGUCGCCUCGAGCGCCCCGAACGCGUCGUCGCCGACGUCGCGACGCGCGAGAGCGACGCGCGAUGUCGACCCCGACGUUGCCGUGCUCGAUUACUGGGAACGCGUUCGUCGAGGCACGGAGCGCGCGCCGAGACCAGGGGCGGAGGCGCGGGCGAAUAAACGACGGUGCGCGCACCUGGAGAGUCGGAUCGGUGACGUCCUGGGAUGGGGCGGGGCGUCGAGGGAUUUCGACGGCGGCGAGGCGGAUGUCGAUGAGGACGCGCUCGCCGUCGGGGAGAAGCUCACGGAGACGGACGUGGAGCGAUUGAAAGCGCGGGCGAGGGAAGAAGUCGGGACGACGCUGGACGCGACGGAGGUGGAGCGGUUGAAAUCGUUCGGUGAGACGAGACGAAGCGACUCGGGACCGCGGACGACGUUCGUGGAGGAGUCGUACUCGAUGCCGCUCGCGCCAGAGAGCGAGCCAUUCGACGACGGCGGGACGGUUGCGGAUGAAUUCUUUGAGUACGGUCGGGACGAACUUCCGAGGCAUUUACGAGAUUGGUACGCGCCACCGGCGCAGGAGUACGGGUCGUUCGUGGCGGACUCGAAGCCGGCGGCGGGCGCGUACAACUGGAGGUCAGACGAGAAUCGAUACACCACGGUGAGGAACUUGCGGUCGCACGGAUUGUGGUGA